CUCCAACACAUUGGACCCCCAUAAACUCUCCAUUUCCCUCCACUUCCUUCUUUUACUCAUCAUUUCCUUUGUCCCCUAUAAUCUCAUUCUAAUAUUCUUCUUCUUCAUUCCUUUUUUUUUUUCUCUAAUUAAAAACCUUCCAUUAAAAAUAUGAAUCAAGAUCAAGUUCAAUCUCUUAGUAGGAGUUCUAGUUGUAAUUCAUGGAGCCCAAAAAAAAUUAUCCCAACACCUUCACAUAAUUAUACUAGAUCAACUUCUUCCUCCUUUUCGCCUGAUUUUAGUACAAAUAAAACCGCUAACAGACUCCUCGUACGUAGGGAUACUAAUAGUAGUAUUACUAAUACUAAUACUAAUACUAAUAAUUCGCUCUCGGUUGUCUCGAGAGUAAAUAAGACGCGCCUCACACUCUCCGCCUUCCUCCGGUCGCUACUCCACGUGUUUUCGUUCUCAGCGACGUCGUUUUCGGCUGUUCCUACGUGUAGAUGGUUGACUAUUCCAAAUCGGGUUUUGUCUUUUUCCUCCCCAACUCCCUUAGGGCGGAAGGUAACGGGUACUCUUUUUGGGCAUAGAAAAGGUCACGUGACUUUUACCGUUCAAGACGAUCCAAAAUCCGAUCCAGCUUUAGUGAUCGAAUUAGCAAUCUCCACUUCAGCUUUAGUUCGAGAAAUGUCCUCGGGUCUUGUCAGAAUUGCCUUGGAGUGCGAACGAAGUUUGCAUCCAGGACGUGGAAAACACGGGCCCAAACUUUUUCUUGAGCCCGUGUGGACUAUGUAUUGUAACGGGCGAAAAUGCGGGUAUGCAAACUCUCGCACGUGUAAUGAGUUUGAUUGGCACGUGCUUAGUACGGUUCAAAGUGUAUCGGUCGGAGCCGGCGUAAUUCCUCUAGUAGAAAACCGAACCGGAUCCGGUUUAGAAGGCGAGUUGCUUUACAUGAGAGCCAAAUUUGAACGAGUCAUAGGGAACCGUGACUCGGAGGCAUUUUACAUGCUCAACCCUGAUGGUAAUGGUGGGCCAGAAUUAAGCAUUUUUCUUCUUAGGUUAUAAUCUUAAUUUAAUUAUAUGAGAUAAUUAUGACUAUAACAGGAUAUUUAAAAAUUAUAAAUAUUAAAAGGGUUGUUAGAGUAAUGAUUAGAGAUAAAUAUGCAAAUUAAAUUGAGGAAAGUGAUUGGCUAAAGAAGUGCCCCAUUGACAUUUGGUAUAUGUGAUGUAUCCAUGUGCUUUUGUUUAUAUUUUUAAUUUAUACUGUUUAUAUAUUUUUUUUUAAUUUUAUUUAGUCGAACAGUAUUGUUAAGAAUUGGCUGGGAUUAUGACUAGUAUUAACAUUGAUAAUAUACAAUAUAUGAUCUUACAAAAAUUAAAUGUUGUGUAUCAUCAUAUAUUUAGUUGUAAAUUCUGUUAAGAGAGGGUAAGAGGAAUAUGAUCAAUCAGACUUAAAUAAUUAGAAUUAUGUUAAAAAGGCGAUGAAAAACACCAAAUACGUAUGUAAUUUAGCUUGGAAAUAUUAAAAUUAAUAGAAAUGAGAAGUUGGAUUUGUAGUGUUAUUUUGUAGUUGGUGUUUGGAAUAUGUUUAAAGGUGCAUCAUCGUUCAUGUCUUUUGUAAGUGCAUGCGCAUCCACGCCACCUUCAUGUAUACUACAUACAAUGAUACGAUCUAUUCAAAUAAUUGCUUUGUUUUGUAUUUACUUUUGUGUUUUAUUGCCUAACUUCAAUGUUUCUCUACAAUAAAGGCUAA